GUGACCUUCGGCAUGUCACUUAAGCAACCGAUGUCUUGGUUAAGAAUGAGCAAAGUAGAGCGUCUUCAUCACUGUGCACUGCGGGAAGAACUAAUAUUGACCAUUGGCGGAGCAAACACCAUCUUCACUGCUUUGUUGUCGUUGGUAACCACAUUGUUCAUGUGGCCCAAGACCUCAAGAUCUGUUGUCGCAGUGUGCAGUCGUCUUGCAGCUGCUGAAAGAAAAGCGGCCAGUUUUAGUCAGUAAAGGUACACAAACCACAGUUCAAGAUGAAGUCUUUGGUGAUUUCCGCCAUAGCAUUCGCACUAUGCAUCGCCCUCGUUCAAGGCAAUGAGAGAGACGCACUGAGUACCCGUUCCAGCUCUUGUCUCCGACUCAUGAUCGUCUCCAACAACUGCAACAAUCACGGUUACUGUUCCCUUGGCAACAACGGCUGGGCGUGCCGGUGUGAGAAUGGGUGGGGCGGACGCGACUGCGUCAGAGAACUGAAGCCAGCUCGCACACGACAGCUUGCAGCCGAUGAGGGCGGGCUUAAGGAGCGACGGGAUAAGAAAGUUCUGGCGCUGGCACUGCUCAGAAAGCUCAUGAAGCAGUAGGUCGACUUACGUCCGCGAACCAUAUGGAGGAAGGAAAAGAGAUGUGCAAAACGCACGACAGUUAAAACACAGAGCAAGGAGGUUGCUCUAUGGUUAAAACGACUAGACUAGCGUUAUAAAAAAUGUAAUGAAUGAGAAUUAUAAAAACCUUGAUAGCCUAUAAUGCUCUAUCCUGAGGAAUACAGCUUAUUCAAGUAUAUUUUUAACGUCCAUCCACCGAUUUUUUUAAUUAUUGAAAAACUGAGAGUAUUACAAAUAUGGCUUCCUUUCAUUGUGUACAAGCAUUACAUUCACUGUGUGGACUUCCGAACAAAAGAGGUCCACAUAAACCAGGUAGCAGCGACGUUGU